CAAUGGCUCACCUACCCAAGCUGUGAAGGUCUGGAGGGAAGGGAAAAGAGAGAGCGGGCCCGCUUCGUAUUUCAUAAGCCGGCGAUGAGAGCUUUGCAAGGAUCUGCAAAUGCUAGAUAAAUAACGCAGCUCUCUCUUAUGCAAAGUCUGGGAGAAGGAGGAGGGGGAGACGGCCUCCGAUGCGACCCGACAGCGGAGACGGAUAAAAUCUCAUUAACUUGAGGAGGGAAGUCACGUGGAGGGGAGAGCGAGCGAGCGUGCAAGCUAGCAAUGCAUGGCGUUUGUUUACUGCAGCAAUCCUAGGAUGUAAGGAGAGACCCAGUGUCAUUUUGCUCCCUCUGCCUUGGAUGCACAUAGGAUGCUGAAGGCGCUCUGUUUUGCCUUUUGAGGCUUGUGCAUAGGCCGAUGUAAAACAAAAUCCCAGAGGAUGCAAUUCUCUUAUAAUGGGACCGGGCAUUUUUCACGAGUAUCCCUUUUUGCUGCGCAGAGGAAGCCUGCUGCAACAAGAAGCUCGGGUCCAUGAGAUCCACAAAGGAAAAGGAAUGGUAACUUCCAGUGGAGGAAAGAACCAUCCGAGUGCCAAGGAACUAAAGAAAUCACUGCCACAGAUAAGACCUUCUCCCAGCAGGCUUGGCAAAAAUGUUUCAUCUGCUACUAAAAAGACUUCCUGUCAUGCAACAGAAAAUAGGCAGACAACUAUUCACUACAAAGAAAAACAACAAGUUGGUGAAAAUCUCCAAGAAAACAGAACGCCACAGUUAAAAAAGCAGCCUCAAGUAAGAAAGCAUUAUGAGGCCGGAUGGAGCAAAAUCCCUUCGGUGGGUAAGGAUGCCUCCUGGAGUGAUUCCACCAGAACAGAAGAUAUGCUGAUUCAGAGCUUUUAUUGCAAACGAAAAGGCAAUUCAGAGGGAAACUCUGAAGGGCUUUUGGCUGAAGCAGCUUCCUACAGCCCUGUAUAUCAAAGCACCUCUGCUGAUGCAAUGUUUCUUGACUUUGAAUCUGUGCGGAUUAUGAAAGACGAUUCUGACCAGGACAGCGCCAGUGACCUUUCCGACUCGGAGAGAAUUCCCAUUCCCCCUUCGCCUUGCACGCCACCGGAGCUCAACCUGCGAGCGGAAGAAAUAGACCCGCUUUGCUUCGAGCACCUCUUUGACGCAAAAUUUAAGCAACCCGAUUACUAUUACCCUGACUUCCUGCCACCCCCUUUCAACACCUGGGACUUGAAAGGGCUGGCGGCAUUUGUCAACACAGAGUGCAAAUCGGAGCCGCGGCCAGAGCCGGCGGGAGUUCUUGAGAAGUAUGUUGACCGGCUUUUGGAGCUGGAGUGGCUGCAGAUGCAAACAAUUCAGGCUGAGAAAGGAAAGGCAGCCAAAGCUAGGCCUCAGACUGCUCCUAGUGCCCUUCGGACCUUAAAAAGCCCUGGCAAAAGCAAAUCAUUGCAUAGUCCUUUGCCAAAGAAACAACCGACUGCCCAUGAAAGCUUUCUGAAACUAUCCGCCAGCCAUUCCGGCCACAGAAGAGACUUGCAUGGGGUAGGAACCAGCCAGGUUGUUCCCUGUGAAGGUCAGCUGAAAACAGCUGAAGCAGCAUGUGGCUGCUCAGCUCAUCCGAGACGACCUGGUGAAGCAAGAAAGCGGUCAACAGCCAAGCAGCAAGUUGUCAGUAAGCAUCCGUCUGAGAGUAGCUCUAUGAUUCAGGGACCUGGCAACAUUAGACCUCCCAAGCAACCCUCUUCAUUCCAUGGUUCAGCUCCUCCCCUCAAGGGACUACCACCCUACACAUGCACAAAUCCCAAGAAGAAUGGAAAUGCUAAUAAUUACAUUCCUGCCAAAAAAGUUUCAACAGAGAAGAAGCUAAAAGCAAAUGGCGUGAAGCAAACACCAUGUAAAUUUAAAUAAUGCAGUGGCAGGACUUCUUGUUCUGGUUGCAGUGUGGCUUGGAAACCCUUCCUGUGGUGCAGAGAGCUAGAACAGCGGUUCAUAGACUAUGUGGCAGGGAGAUACAUGCUCUUCGCUGAUCUCCAUGCCAUGUGUUGUGAUUGGUCCUGGCAACAGAGUUCUGAUUCACCCCUUCCCAUUCAACACAUUACAGGAAGUGAAGUGACCCACCUCUUAUGCUAACUUCUGCUGCAGUGGCCAGCAGAACAAGUGUUUUGCUUCCCAGGAUUUAUCCGAUAAGCACAUCAAAACUUGCUCAAAGCCCAGAUAAGCUUGUUCCCACACUUUUAUUUUAAAUAUCUGGUCCUGAAAUAAAUGGCUAGCGAAAUAACUCUCUGUUGAGCUGAGUUUUCUCAGUUUUUACAGGGAAAUGUCAUGGUGAAAUGGGAAGACCUUAUAAUACUUCCAUGGUUACUUAUAAAUGUGCUCUCUGGUGAAAUAUACAAUAUACUCAUAAGAAAAAAAGGCUUCCCAUAGGCAUAUGAUUGGCCACUGUGAGAGCGGGAUGCUGGACUAGAUGGGCCACUGGCCUGAUCCAGCAGGCUCUUCUUAAGUUCUUCGCGCAUUUAUUUUCAGACAAGCUUAUCUUUUCCAUGAUUGCAUCUUGAUUUCAGCACAUAGGGGCACAUUUAUAAGCACCUAAUGCACAUGGAAAAAAAUACGGGAAUUUCUUACUUUGGGGUGGUGAUUCCCUCUUUAAAAUGAUGAUAUAAACUUGCUACGUUUGGAGAAAC